CUGCAAAAAAAAAAGGGGGGAAGGCUUUUUUGUUAGGACGCCGAGUAAAAGCUGCCAUCCAAUCACCGCUUACUUGAAAUAAAUCGGGCUUCUUUUUGAAUUAAUAAAUAUAUAUCUCAUCCGUGGGCUUCCUAAUUCUGGAAUUAGUUCCUCCUCAGUCUAUGGCCCCCAGUUCUCUCAGACUAUUUUAACUUUUGUACAACAUGGAUACUGAACAGAUUAUCGAGGGACAGCCACAGGUUCCAGAAAAUCCACAUGCAGAAUAUGGCCUUACGGAAAAUGUAGAGCGGAUAGUGGAAAAUGAGAAAACAAGUGCAGAAAAAACAUCGAAGCAGAAAGUGGACCUUCAGUCAUUACCUACACGUGCAUAUCUGGAUCAGACAGUUGUCCCUAUCUUAUUACAAGGCCUUGCAGUCCUUGCAAAGGAGAGGCCUAUAAACCCUAUUGAAUUUUUAGCGGCAUAUUUGUUAAAAAAUAAAGCACAGUUUGAAGACAGGAAUUAAAUUCAUCUGAAGAGUGACAAUUGAUUGCUAUGUUCUGUACUAAAAACAUGAAUCAUUGUCUGAUACAUAAAUCCUGCAAAACCAAAAAUUCUCAUGUACAGACCAUUAAUUGAAUUAUUUAAUAAAAUACCUUAUAUAAAUUAUGAAA